AUGUUCGGGAAACUGACAUUGCACAAGAAAAAAUCUGGACAGGAGGAUACUAACAGUUCUACUCCUCUUCUACAGCGCUCGGACGACGACUUGAAGACACGCGCUCAGCAACAGCAGCAGCAGCAGCAGCAGCAUCAGGAACGCGAAGAGGAAUACCAACGACUGUUCCCCAAGCGCAACGACAUCCAGCACCACGACGACGAGGACAAGAUUGACCAACCCGACCCUACGCCCCAUCCCGUACUGCGACCCAAGUCCAGCUUUCCCGCGAGCGGCAAGAGAUUUCUGCCACGCAAGAAGUUCUUAAUUCCAACAUCGAAGUUUGCUGUUUCACAACCAACACUCCCUGAGCCUUCUAGCAUCCCCGAGCGCGACGAGCACCUCCCCACCGUCGCAACCCCUUCUGUCACUUAUCCCGACUGUCGCCCUCCAGUGAAGCGCGUGCAAGCCCGAGGUUGCCUCUUCGACAUUGCUCCGAUGCCUCUGUCCAGCCACCCACCCGUCGACGAGAAAGAUGACUCCUCGCAGCCUGAAGGCAUGCAGCAGUCCUCUUCUCCCUCUUCCCCCUCUUCCCCCUCUUCGACAACCCACCACCGACAAGAGCGAGCAGACUCUCAUCAAGAAGACGUAACCACCCCCAUCACCACGGCCACGGCCACCACCAACCCAGAAGUCACUUCGCGCGAUUUCGCUUCUACGCCCCGCGACGUCUUGACCGUACCCGCUCUCACCAUUCGCAAGAAUUUGCUGCAGCCACCCACUUCUACAACUAGUACUACAACUAGUACUACUUCUACUCGCAUCCCCUCAUCUCCACGCUCUUCGCCCCAUUCUCCCAGCGAGAAAAUGUCUGUUCCGCCGCAAACUGCCGAGAAUGAACGCAAGAGAGAUUCUGAAGCUGCGUACACUACGGCGAAAAUGGCUUUGCCGACGACGACGACGAGUUUUAGGGAGAAGUUGUGGGGUGCUGGACCUUCUUCUUCAUCUUCGUCGGCGGUGGCGGCGGUGUCGAAUAACAAGAACGACAAGGCUAGUGCCGGUAGUAAGACAUUCGGAUUUACGCCGUUGAGAGAUCAGACUCGUCUUAUUCCUGCUGCUGGUGCUGCUGGUGCUGGUGCUACUGGUGGCAAAGCCACUCUCCCAUCAUCAUCCUCCUCACCCAUCUCUUCUUCCGGAGCCAUCCCCGUCCGUCCUCCUCUCUACGAUUUCCACAAACCUGCCGGUUUACAAUGGGCUUCACCGGGAAUUACCAAUAGUAGACCUGCUGCUCCUUGGGCCAAGUUCGAGUUCAGCAUCGAGAUCGUGGGAUUUUUAGGUGAAUGGAGAUGA